CCCCGCGCUCACAGGAGGCCUGGAGCCUCUCUGGAGCGCCCCCGGCAGGGGACGAGGCGACAGCUCCCCCGCCGUCUCAACUCCGCCCUCGGAGCCGGGAAGCCCGCCCAGGCCCGGCCGAGAGGCCCCGACGGGCCGCCCCUUUCCUUCUCCUUCUCCUCCUCCCCGCGUCGCUGUCGCUCUCUCCAUUCCGCUGCGCGUUUCGUAAGCCCGGGGCGGCCGGAGGCAUCGGGGCAUGGCGGGGCUUGCUGCAGCCGCCGGUAAAGUUACUAGGCUUCUGGACCGAAAUGCCUUUCCCGUUUUGCAAAUGACAAAAGCGACCCGGUGGCAGAUCCACAGGAGGCUGUGCGCAAAACCUCAAGACAGCAGUGCUCCAAAGCCAAGCAGUGAGUCUUCAGGCCCCUUCAAAGUUCCAGGAUACAAGCCCAACAACUGGGACAAGAAGAUUUUGGUCUGGACGGGCCGUUUCAAGAAAGCAGAAGACAUACCAGAAAUCAUGUCGUUCGAAGUGGUUGAUGCCGCGAGGACCAAGGUCCGCGUGAGGAUGAGUUACCUGAUGAUCGCCUUGACCAUCAUCGGUUGUGUGGGCAUGGUCAUUUCAGGAAAGCAGGCCGUUGCAAGAAACGAAACCCUCACGAGCCUGAACUUGGAGAAAAAAGCUCGCCUGAGAGAAGAGGCCCAGGGCGCCCUGGCCAAGCCCUAACCGAGAAUGCCGGGACACAAGCCGUAGCUUUUCGUAUUUCAGAAACAGAAAAUAAAUUAUUUCGUAACUGACCCACACAGCUCCAUUCCUUUCCAACAAGAACUUGGUAUUUUGGUUGUGUCAGGAGCCCAUUAAUAGUGUGUAGCGGCAGCCGGACUUUGCACUGCCCUUCUGUUUACCUACGAGCACAUUAAUGUUCAAGGCCUUUGUAAAAAGUGUGUUAUGCUGUCUACGCGGCAGGCCUGUAAAAGGUACUGAAUUGAUCUUGACUGGAGAAAAACGUGUGUUAAGCUGGUUUUGUUCUAACAAGAAGCAGAGACAUCUUCUCCCUUUGUGUAUUCCCUUAUACUUAAUGUAAACAUGCAGUGACACAACAGUAAAGCAAUAUAUAUAUAUUA